AGGCAUGUAACUUGGAUUUUUUCAAAACAAAGAGAUAAAAUAGUUCAUAGGCGGAAACAAAGUAAGACGACGACGAGAAUCCAAAAUUUUGCAAAAUAGAAUAUUAAAAUGAAUUAAAUGUUUAAAUAGUUAAACGCUCCGAUAUAGGGGAUAACACAUAGGGGGAAAACUUGACUCAGACCUAUUAAACCUGCGAUUUUGUCAAGUUCAAACGACCAAUAACCGAAUCAGGCUACGCCAUGGGCAUUGCAAUAUUGGUAAGGUGAAAACAGGGUUAAAGAGGAAUCUCAGAAAUUUCUAUUGUGUGUUUCAGGCCUCAAAAACAGCAAAGAGACCGACAAGAGUUCCUUUCUGAUUGAGUUUUAUUCUGUGGUCCAGCUUAUAGUUACAUAAGUGCUGAAAGAAGGCAAGAAGGCUCCUACAGAAAACAUACAAAUGACUAGUGGCUGUUUGUUAAAAAACGUACCAUAAGUACCACGAGUGAUUGUAAAAUUCAAAUGGGGAAGGAGAUGUUGAAAAAUACGCGUGUUUAGAUAGAAAUUAGCAUACAAAUAGCAGGUGCUGAGGCUUGGCAAAGAAUGAGCACUGAUUGAAGACUUGCAGGUUGCGAGUAAAAGGUUUCUGACCCUGUGACCCCUAGGAAAAAUCACUUUCAGUUUUCUAACGAAAAAUGUUGCUUUGUUUAGUGUGAUAAUAAAAAAGAGAAAUAGCUAAUUAGAUACGUUCAAGUCCUUGAGUUGAAAAGCUAAAAUAUUAAAAAUAUCGCAAUGGAGGGAGUGUUUAAAGAAGAAACCAAAGCCAUUGAAGGAGGCCAAAGAAAUGAAAUGAUAAUGGAAGCAGCGAAAAUGUUUCAAGAGCACAUGAAAACAACUGCGAAAGAUGGAUUCUUUUCAAAAUUACGAGAAAACAAUGCACAGCUGAACUUAAGUAGCAUUUGGCAAGGUUCAAUUGCAAGUCUAAUGUCCUGUGACAAUAUAACAGACGAUUUGGUAAAAGAAGCCAUGCAAGAAUUGGAAACUGCAUUGACUGAAAGUCAGAAGCUAUUAAGCGAGAGAGACGAAGAGAUUGCAAUGCUUAGAGGUGCGUUGGAGAGCACAAAACAACCACAAAUUACGGAUAUAAACAGGCAGGCAGAACUACUUGAAGAACUGGAAAACUCGCAGAAACGAAUAAUGGAGCUCGAAAAUGAAUUAUCUGAAAUACGAAAAAAGGAGCAGAGGAAUUUAAGUAAAGCUCAAGCAGCCGUUCUUCAAACGAUAAAUGUGAGCGAUUCGACCUUCCCAGAAUGCACUUGUUACUGUGGUUCUGUGUGUAAUGCAUUAAGAGAUGUGGUUGAAGUGAAGAAAAAGCUGGAAAUAACAGAGCAAAAAUAUUCAAAUCUGAAGAAGAAGAUAAGAGAGAGACGAAAGGCAGAAGCAGAGAUGUAUCAACAAAGAAACACACAUAAACUGACUGUCGCAGAUAGAUCACCUGGCUGUGUGUUGCAAUGAAGCGCUGGGACAAUAUAAUUCAACGCCAUGACUUGAUCGUGUACUUAUCGGCUGUGUAAAAUAUUUUGAUAUCGUAUAUAAACCUCAGUAAUGUAUCCUGUUAAUAUACCUCAGUAAUGUAUUUUGGCAUCAAGCAUAACCUUUCUUUGGGAAAUUAGCUGCGAGGGCAAGAUUUUGUUUAUAUAAAGAGAAGGAUAAUGGCCUAUUACUUGAAAUGAUGGAAAGUAACUGCGGCUGCAGGGGCAAGCCGGACAUGAACAAUCCGGAGAGCUACCAUGUUUUGCUUGAUGUCAUAUUUCUAGGAGAGCGUUCCCUGACCCUAGGCGACCUAUGAUUCGUUCAUGUAGUCAAAAAACUCCUUGACGUGUAUGACACGAGGUUAAUCGGAUUAUCCGAACCAGAUCCUUCACCUUCGCCGGGCAAUUGCCCAUUGCCCCCCUAAUUAGCAUGCUUAAAAAACUGGUUUCUUUCAUGAACUCUAACGAAGCUGUGACAAAAAUUGACAGGUGAUACAAAAAAACUUUCCGUAUCUUGUAAAUCAAAAUAUUGUAGACUACAACAUUGUUUUACUUUCCGAUUGAGCAAAUUAACGUCAAUCUCAAUCAAAUUAAGCUUGCAAACAAGCGGCAUGCAGAGAUUCAAAUAUUGGUUCAUUAUAUGUUACAGUAAGGUGAGAUGUUAUGUUACAGAAAAA